GCAGUUAUGCGGCUUUUAUUUCAUCAAAUGGCUGUCAAUAGCGCAGUAUCCCCUAAAGUAUCAUUCCACUAAACCACCCAACGCUUUCAUUCCAGAGUGACUGAGCCAGCGGGAGGACUAAAAACAUGGGCGGAGCACAGUCUACCGUUCAGGAGGGGUUCCACAGCCUGAUGGAGCGGAGGGAGGCGGACCAUAAUGCGGGGAGGCCCGCCAACCCCAUCGGGAACUUCCGCGUGGGGAUCUCACGGGAGAUCGACCAGGAUUUCACCGACUACAGCCAGUACGACUUCCCGUUUGAGAACCUGGUGCUGGAGGGAGGAGGGAAUAGGGGGCUGGCGUAUUUUGGAGCCUUGCAGGUUCUUGAAGAGGCAGGGAUAUGGAAGAACAUCAAACGUUUCUCCGGCACGAGUGCAGGCGCCAUCACCGCGACCUUCCUCGCCAUCGGGAUGAGCACCAACGAGGCCAGGGACUAUGUGGACCAAGACAUGCGGAAGGUCUUCAUUGAAAAUGCGAUCAACUCAUUAUGUAAAAAAUGUUCUUUUGUAGACCAUGGCUGUGGAUAUUUCAGCCUCCUGCCCAACUUGCUCUCCGGCUAUGGCUGGAACAAAGCGGAGUCAUUCAUGAUCUGGCUCGGAGGAAUCCUGAAGGAAAACACCGGGAAUGCUGACAUCACGUUCUUGGAAUUGUAUGAGACCUUCCACACUGAGUUGGCCAUUGUGGUGUUCAACCUGAACUACAUGACGGAGAUGUACUGUCACGUGAAGACCACACCGGACAUGUCAAUCAGGAAGGCUGUCCGCAUGUCUAUGGCCAUACCGGGUCUAUUCCAGUGUGUCAAGUUUAAGCAAUUCGAGUUUGAAGACGUCUUUAUUGACGGAGGAUUCGGGUGCAACUAUCCCAUCCAUUGUUUCGACGGAUGGUGGCUGUGUAUGGAGAGUGACAGCGCUUUCAUUAACAAACUGCACGACUUAGAGGAUGUCCAAACUCUCAUGCAGAAAUCCGAGCGUUUCGGAACCUACAACGAACGGACUUUCGGCAUUCUCUUGUAUUCUGAUAGCGACCCGGAGUUCUUGGAGUACGAGCUCAACUCACGGUUUGACGGCAAGAGAAUGCCAAGGCCAAAUUCCAAACUCGCAAAGAAGUACACGGACUCUGAGCGUAAGAAAGAGGAGUCGGCGCGGGUGAAACGUGAGGUUCUCCAGGCGGCAGACAAGUUCCUGACGGCCCUGCGAGAGAGCAACCUGGACAAGAACGACACCAUCGACAAGACGGAGCUGGAACGGGCCUUCAGGAAGAGGCACCUGUUCACCCCUGAAGAUGCGAGACUCCUGUUCGGAGAAGGUGUCAAUAUCGAUGACGUGUUCUACAUGUUAGACGUGGAUGGGGACGGCCAGAUCACGUACAGAGAGUUGGUGAACUACUUAGAGACGAAAGGUGUUCAUCUCUUCUCUAAGUACCUGGGGUAUCAGCGGCGCAACAUCGAGAACGUCGGGGACUUCCUCUUCCAGCUUCAAGCAGCUCAGAUGAUGAUCUCAAAACGUCUUUACGUUGAGAAAAGAGACGCCGAUAGAACCAUCGGGGUAGACACAGACUACGUGGACACGGCGGACUUUGAUCUGGAAGCUGAGGACAAACUGUUUUUGAUCGAGCAAGGGAAGAGAGGCUGCCGGGCCUUCCUGAAAAACUUCGUAAAAAAAUUCAAACUUCGGCCGCGUGGAGAACAACAACGUACUCCUAGGAAACCUCAGCGACGACCUGGUCCCGAACUUCCUUCUACCUCCUCAAGAAACCUUCCUAACGUCUUAGACUCUGAUUCUACUGAUGCACAGUCUUCUAACUCUGCGAGAUAUGGUUACAUUGAUGACUCCAAGGGGGCGGUUCCUAAGAGAACGCAUUUUGCGGCGAGUCAGAGAGAGUCCAUCGAACAAACUGAAGAUUUCACCGACUGAUCAAACACCUAGUUGAUGACUUGACUUUUCUGCCGAGACUUCCUCUCGCUUGUAAAAAAAAAGGCAGCUGAACUUACCUCUCUACGUUUCUAGCAUCAUCCUUUUUUAUUACUGAAUAUAAACUACUCGUCACCAAUGUGCAAUAUAUAAAUAUGAGUCCAGUCGGCUAUUAUACCUAAAAAACAAAUCUACGAAAACAAGCGGCAAAUUACUUAAUAUUACCUAAUUAAUAUUAUAUAUAUAUAAAUGUAUGUUCAAUACGACUAUACGUAAUCAAUGUGUAUUGCCAAAUACUAGUGUUAUAAAGGUUGCUUUUACCACUGAAUCCUCAAUGCAAUAAAUAUAUGCAAGGAUGACAUGGUUACGUGUAAAAUGGCUACCUGACUCUGGUUGGGGAGAUUAAAUGCGGUGGAAGGAGAGGGAUGGGCACCAACUUUCAAUACCGUACCAUACUUUAGCUAUAGCCUAAAAACAGUUGAUAGUAACCCACUUAAUCUUUCAAUUUAUUUUGUAAUUACGUCGAUGAAGGUUAGACAUCGGCACGCCAAAAAGAAGUUACUCAUUACAACUGGGUAUGAGUUUGGAAGCAUUUAGACGUAUAAGGUCGUCAGUGGUACUGUGUAGAUAUAUAAAGAGCAGGUAUCAU